AUCACUAAUCUUGUCCUCGCAACACUCUCCUUCUAUGAGAGCAAUUAGAUUCAGCUGCGUUUGUGGAGCCUCUGCAAUGACUCAUUGAAACAUCUUCUGCGCUGAUAAAGCCGCAUCUUUAUUCUGCCUCACCACACACACACACACACACACAGACACACACGUACACAAUCACACACACACACAGACACACACGGAUAGUUUGGAGCUGCCUUUCAGUUUUCAGCGCAUCGGGAGUUUGGAUUUGCGGAGCAGCAGCAGCAGCAGUCUGGACCGUGGACUUUAUUGCCCCCUUUCCCUCUCCCCACAUGUGGUGCGCGUUUUUUUUGCCUGAAGUGCGGACUUACAUCAAAGUGUCGCACAGAGGAGGAUUCAGUCUGAGCGGUUUUUUGCAUCAAGCUGGAGUCUAGGUAACCUCAGCCCACACCAGGUUCUGGACCCGGGGAGUCGUGCAGCAGCGGUCCGUCUCCGUGCAGCCUCUCAGGAUGGGGAGCUUUGAGAAUGCUCUUCUGCUCGGCUGAGGAGGAGCAGCAGCGGGAACGAUCUUGGUGGAGGGGCAGGGGGGGUCUAAGGGCGCGCCGAGGAUCCAACAACCAAGACCGUGCCAGGCUCGGGCUCAGCACAGCCAGGAGUAUGUCACCGCUCAGUGGCCCUUCAUGGAUGCGUCACUCCACAGCCAAGGCCAACCUCCUGCUGUGGGUAGGCCUGGCGUCCAUCUGUGCGGCCACAGUUCAGGCCCAGCAGCACCCGGUGGUCACUACCAAUUAUGGGAAAUUGCGCGGCGUGAAGGUUACGUUACCUAAUGAGAUCCUGGGACCCGUGGAGCAGUAUUUGGGGAUCCCGUACGCGUUGCCGCCAACAGGAGAGCGCAGGUUCCAGCCACCGGAGCCGCCCAUGUCCUGGCCGGGCAUCAGGAAUGCUACUCAGUUUGCUCCAGUUUGUCCUCAGUUCUUAGAGGAUCGCUUUUUACUCAAUGACAUGCUGCCCGUGUGGUUCACGGCCAACCUGGAUACACUGGUAACCUACGUGCAGGAACAGAGCGAGGACUGCCUGUACCUGAACAUCUACGUCCCCACGGAGGACGGAGCAAACAGUCAAGCCGCAGAUUUCAGCAGUAAUGGUGGCCGCAAUAAAGAUAUCCACGAUGAGAAUGGGCUGAAGCCAGUCAUGGUUUACAUCCACGGAGGCUCCUACAUGGAAGGGACUGGGAACAUGAUCGACGGCAGCAUCCUGGCGAGCUACGGGAACGUCAUCGUCAUCACAAUCAACUACCGACUCGGGGUUCUGGGGUUUCUAAGCACAGGCGACCAGGCAGCCAAGGGCAACUACGGCCUGCUGGAUCAAAUUCACGCUCUCAGGUGGAUCAAAGAAAACAUCCAGGCCUUCAAAGGAGACCCGAAGAGAGUGACCAUUUUUGGCUCUGGCGCUGGAGCGUCGUGCGUCAGCCUGCUCACACUCUCGCAUUACUCGGAAGAUCUGUUCCAGAAAGCCAUCAUCCAGAGCGGCACAGCGCUGUCCAGCUGGGCGGUGAACUACCAGCCUGCCAAGUACACUCGAGCUCUGGCUGAGAAGGUGGGCUGCAACAUGCUGGACACCAUCGACCUGGUGGAGUGUUUGCAGAACAAAAACUACAAGGAGCUGAUCGAGCAGUACAUCACACCCGCCAAGUACCACAUCGCCUUCGGGCCCGUCAUCGACGGCGACGUGAUCCCAGAUGACCCGCAGAUCCUCAUGGAGCAAGGGGAGUUCCUCAACUAUGACAUCAUGCUGGGGGUCAACCAGGGCGAGGGUUUUAAGUUCGUCGACGGCAUCGUGGACAGCGAGGACGGCGUGUCCGCCAAUGAUUUUGACUUUGCGGUGUCAGACUUUGUGGAUCAUCUGUACGGAUACCCAGAGGGGAAGGACACUCUGCGCGAGACCAUCAAAUUCAUGUACACAGACUGGGCAGACAAGGAGAACCCGGAGACCCGACGCAAGACGCUGGUGGCUCUGUUCACAGACCACCAGUGGGUGGCGCCGGCAGUGGCCACAGCCGACCUCCACGCCCAGUACGGGUCACCCACCUACUUCUACGCCUUCUACCACCACUGUCAGAGCGACAUGAAGCCCAGUUGGGCCGACUCAGCGCACGGCGACGAAGUGCCGUAUGUGUUUGGAAUCCCAAUGAUCGGCCCCACGGACCUCUUCAACUGCAACUUCUCCAAGAAUGACGUGAUGCUGAGCGCCGUCGUCAUGACCUACUGGACUAACUUUGCAAAAACAGGGGAUCCAAAUCAGCCAGUUCCACAGGACACAAAGUUCAUUCAUACAAAGCCCAACAGGUUUGAGGAGGUAGCCUGGACCAAGUAUAACCCCAAAGAUCAGCUCUACCUCCAUAUUGGCCUCAAACCUCGAGUCAGAGACCACUACCGGGCCACCAAGGUCGCGUUCUGGCUGGAACUAGUGCCGCAUCUACAUAACAUAAAUGAAUUUUUCCAGUAUGUAUCCACUACCACCAAGAUCCCCCCUCAGGACACCACCCCGUACCCUUACACCAAACGAUUUCCCGGCAAAAACAACUGGCCGUCCACCACCCGCCACCCAGGAGUGCCGCCCGCCAACACCAAGCAAAGCACGGACCAGCGCAAGAGCGGCGACCUGACUGAAGAGUCCACCGUGGUCAUCGAGACCAAGCGGGACUACUCCACUGAGCUGAGUGUCACCAUCGCAGUUGGGGCCUCGCUCCUCUUCCUGAACAUCCUUGCCUUUGCCGCGCUGUACUACAAAAAAGACAAGCGGCGGCACGAGACCAACCGGCGAGUGCCCACUCCGCAGCGCAACUCGGCGCCGGCCAACACCCCGUCCGCGGCCAACGACGUGGCCCACCUGCAGAGCGAGGAGCUCAUGUCUCUGCAGAUGAAGCAGCAGCAGCUGGAGCACGAGCACCACCACGAGUGCGAGCCGCUGCAGACGCACGACGCGCUGCGCCUCGCUUGCCCGCCCGACUACACCCUCACCCUGCGCCGGUCGCCCGAUGACAUACCGCUGAUGACGCCCAGCACCAUCACCAUGAUCCCCAACUCACUGGCUGGCAUGCAGCCUCUGCACAACUUCAAUACAUUUGGUGGCAGCCAGAACAGUACCAACUUACCCCACGGCCACUCCACCACACGGGUAUAGCUUUGCUGGGACGGGACAGGAGCGGAAGCAGCAACUGACCACACAAGGAAAACAUGAGUGACUGACUGUGUAAAGCACAGCAGAUGCUAUUUUGCUACCAUGCCUUCUUAAGAAAAAAAAACAACAAGUCGAAAUCGCUCAUGAACUCAUGAAAAUACUCAAAGUGAAUGUUAAUAUAGUAAUAACUCUAUUUGGAGCUAAUUUUCAUGGAAAGUUUUCGAGGAGUUUUACCAAAACAAAAAGGCCACCGGGGGAUAACAGUUGAAUAUUCUUACAAUACAACCAUGAACAGUGUCUUGACUGUGUGACAAAAUAAAUGACUUUUUUUUGUUUUUUUCUGUGCCAAAAACGCACAAACAGUGGCAACAUUUGUUGAAAAAGCAACAAAGUCGAUCAUCCGGAACAUCGUCCUCUCAUGAAUCCCGUCAUGCAUCAUCGGACACCCGACGUGGGCACACAAUUCUACACCCCAGCCUGAAAUGUAUUUAUGAAAACUUUGUACAAAUAAGAUAAAAAAAUAAAUGAAAAUGAAAAAAAAAAGAUAUAUAGUUGUGUGUUGGAAAUUUCCAGGAUUUUAAAAGAAAAAAAAGAGAGAUAUUAAAAACCGCUUCUUCUGUUGGUUUCAUUUUGGCUGAGAUCUUCUUGCUUU